AUGGGGUUCAGUUUUCACGGCCACAGGAGAGAUGUCGACGCAGAGAAGCACCUCAAGCGGCUGCACAAAACGACGCCAUUGAUCGAGUCACCGCUAGUCGGUGCCGACCACCAGCAUCUCGUCUUCUCCCAGCGGCACGAAGCCAACAGCAUCGAGCUCUUCUUCGACCUGUUCUUCGUCGCUAACCUGGCAACAUUCACCGCCUACCACUCGAUCACCGAUGGCUCCUAUCUCCUGGGCUAUAUCGGCUUCUUCGGCAUUCUGUGGUCGACUUGGUUCCAGAUUACGCUUCACGAUGUCCGCUUUGCGCGAGACUCGCUGUACGAGCGCGUCUGCAAGACGAUCCAGUUCAUUGUCUUCGUCGGGCUGGCUCUCGUGGGCUCUCAGUUUAAUCCCUCGAGAAAGAGGGGCAAAGGGAACAACAUUAUCUUCCGCAUCCUCUGCUACACUCUGACUAUUAGCCGAGGGCUUUUGGCCAUUCAAUACCUCGUGGUGCUGUUCUACACCUGGAGAGCCCGCUACUCGAAAAUCUAUCCGCCCCUCCUCCUGAUGUUUGCCAUCUACGCGGUCGAGACGGCCGUCUUUGCUGGCAUGACACCUGCAUUCAAAAAAGACGAGGAAGCACAUGGCCUGGUGUACCUCGUGUGGUAUGUCGUCAUGGUCUUGGAAGCGAUAGCUGUGGUCACGAUAUCGUGCUUCUGGCGCAUACUCAGCUUCAAGAAGACGCAUUUGAUGGAACGCAUGAGUCUGCUCACCAUCAUCGUUAUCGGCGAGGGCGCCAUCGGUGUCACCAAGACGGUUAGCAGGCUCAUGGGUAAACAUGGUCUCGAUGUCGAGGGCUGCUUCCUCAUCAUGUGCAUUAUCAUCAUUCUGGUAUUGACGUGGAGCUUAUACUUUGACCAUUUCCCCCACGGCCACUACGGAACCAUCCGCCAGCAGAUCUGGUCUCUGCUCCACUUCCCCCUUCAGCUUGCUAUUGUCGGUGUUGUUGAAGGAUCGCAGCAACUCGCAAUGGCUCGCUAUGUAAGCAAGAACGCCGAGAAGGUCGCAAAAUCUCUCAAUCAAUACUGUAAGACCGAGAACCUCGACGGACGGAAGCUGCAAGAAAAGCUCUUGACUCUCCUCGACUACUUCGAACUGGACAAAAAGGUCGAGACCACUGGCUUCUUCCAGUACGUUGAGCAGGCCGCCUAUGGCAUUGGGAACGCCACCGGCAUCUGCUCACCCACAAACGCCACGUCAUACAACGAAGAUAGAUGGCCCAAAGACUUCAUCAAGGUCGAACAGGGUAUCACCAACGGCCUGUACACCGGCCUCGGCAUCAAGGUCCCAAUCACCAAGCUCCAGAAAUACACCCCUCUCGAGGUCGCGCUCCACUCGUGGAGACUGGUCUACAUGUACUUCUGGAGCUCUUUCUGCCUCCUCAUUGUCUGCCUGAUCAUAUUCCUCUUCCUGAUCCGACGACACAAGGCCGACCUGUUCGACUUCACCACCAUCAUCUUCCGCGUCCUUGUCCUCGCUGGCGGCGGCGCAAUGAUGGGCCUCAUGGCCAACAACGUCACCCUGUACAACGUCAUCAGCUCUCCUGCCCUGCUGCCGAUUUGCGUCGUGUUGCUGUUCCUGAUCCUCGUCGUCGACAAGCUCAGCGCGCUCUGGUGCAACUCGCAGCUCAAGAAGAGCGGACAGCCUUAUGCGCUGGAAUACGAAGAGCACGGGCAUCAUGACCACCAUGACAGUGGCCACGGGGAGACGCAUGAGACGGGUCCGCUACAUGGACAUGCUCCUCACGACUCGGUGGGCGGCAAGUCGACCGGGUGGAGCAGUCAUUCAGACUCGACGCCGCUCUCUCCCGCCCAUCAAAGCUACGCUAUGCAGCCCAUGAGAAACCCAGCGGCCGUGACUUCUGAUCCUGUGAUGCAUGCGCCGGCUCCUGCCCCUGCUGGCUAUUUCCCCGUCAGCACCGGGCAGCGCUAUGGCUGA